AACGGACCGGAACGGACCGGAACACCACCGCACCCCGGGCUGGAGGAAGAGGAGGAAGCCUCCAUAGCAACGAACCGGCUUCACGGCGUUAUUGUGCUGAGGGACCUCCAGACCCCCAGACCAGACCCCCAGACCAGACCCCCGGACCAGACCCCCAGACCAGACCCCCAGACCAGACCCCCAGACCCACCCCGAGCCAGGUGUGAAGAGGGGCUCAGCGUGAGGAAGGUCACUGCGAGGUCACGGGCGGAUGAGGUCUGAGUCGUUCCUCAUCAGGACAUCGGGGUCCCGCUGGAUGCAGUACCCCCCACCUGCCACCAGGACCAGACCGCUCCUCCCAGGGGCCCGUUGUGGAGGGGCCCCGGCUCCUUGAUUCUAAAAGCAUCUGGACCCACAGGAAGUGACCCCCCCCACCAUGUCUUUGAGCAAGACCCUCGAGCUGGAGCACUUUGAUGAACGCGAUAAGGUCUGCCGGGGCCGCUCCGCCCGCACCAAGAGGGCCGGCGCCGCCGGGUCCGGGCCCAGCUCCCGGGGCAGCAGCCUGGUGCCGAGCCCCGCCCACAGCGCCAACUGCAGCUACUUCCGGACCCGGACCCUGCAGGCGCUCACCUCGGAGAAACGGGCCAAGAAGGUGCGCUUCUACCGCAACGGGGACCGCUUCUUCACGGGCCUGGUGUACGCCGUGUCCGGGGACCGCUUCCGCUCCUACGACGCGCUGCUGGCGGAGCUCACGCGCUCGCUGGCCGACAACCUGCACCUCCCCCAGGGGGUCCGCGCCAUCUACCCCAUCGACGGGGGCCGCAAGGUCACCAGCAUGGACGAGCUGGUGGAAGGCGAGUGCUACGUCUGCGCCUCCAACGAGUCUUACCGAAAGGUCGACUACAAGAAGAUCUCCGUCCAGAGCUGGAAGCCGGGCGCCGCCGGGGCCGCGGGCCGGCCCACCGCGGCGUCCGCGGGGGUGUCGGCGAGCGGCUCCAAAGAGUUCAUCAAGCCCAAGCUGGUGACGGUGAUCCGCAGCGGCGUGAAGCCGCGGAAGGCCGUGAGGAUCCUGCUGAACAGGAAGACGGCGCACUCCUUCAGCCAGGUGCUGGCCGACAUCACCGACGCCAUCAAGCUGGACUCGGGCGCCGUGAAGAGGCUGUACACGCUGGACGGGAGGCAGCUGACCAGUCUGCAGGACUUCUUCGGGGAGGACGAUGUCUUCAUGGCUUGUGGACCAGAGAAGUUCCGCUACGCUCAGGACGACUUCGUGCUGACGCAGAGCAGCAAGACACCGGCCUUCGUUAACGAAUGCAAAGUGAAGACUCCUCGCUUGACCGCCCAUCCAAAAACUACAAUUCCCAAGAUGCCGAGCGGCUCCAGCUCCCCUAAGACUCCGCCCUGCAGGACCGGGUCUCCGGGUCCAGCCAAUGAGGCCUCAGGAUCGCAGUUAGCUGGGGAGUCGUCCAGGUCAAGCCCCUCCCCCACCAGCCCUGGGACACGACGCAGCCUCAAGGUUUCUCCUCGCCAAGCGUCGUCCACGGACGUGAACGGAGACGCCGAGCAGCCCGAUGACGUCAUCGCUGAAGUGAACGGGAAUCGCUCCGUUUCUUCGUCAGUCAUCAGCGACAAGUACAAAGUCGGCAAAGUGAUCGGAGACGGGAACUUCGCGGUGGUGAAAGUGUGCGUGGAGAGGUCGACGGGAAAGGAGUACGCUCUGAAGAUCAUCGAUAAAGCUCGCUGCUGUGGGAAGGAGCACCUGAUCGAGAACGAGGUGGCGGUGCUGAGGAGAGUCCGGCACCCCAGCAUCAUCCAGCUGCUCGAGGUGGACGAGACCUCCAGCCAGCUGUUCCUGGUCAUGGAGCUCGUCAAGGGCGGCGACCUGUUCGACGCCAUCACCGCGUCCACCAAGUACAGCGAGCGCGACUCGAGCGCCAUGGUGUUCAACCUGGGAGGAGCCGUGAAGUACCUGCACCAGAGGAGCAUCGUGCACCGGGACAUCAAGCCGGAGAACCUGCUGGUGUGUGAGUACCCUGACGGCACCAAGUCCCUGAAGCUCGGGGACUUCGGCUUGGCGACGGUGGUUGACGGCCCGCUGUUCACCGUGUGCGGCACGCCCACAUACGUGGCCCCGGAGAUCAUCGGAGAGACCGGCUAUGGGCUGAAGGUGGACAUCUGGGCGGCCGGUGUCAUCACCUACAUCCUGCUGUGCGGGUUUCCUCCCUUCAGAAGUGAGAACAACGUCCAGGAGGAGCUGUUCGAUCAGAUCCUCAGAGGGAAGCUGGAGUUCCCGUCUCCGGACUGGGACGCCAUCAGCCUCCCGGCCAAGAUGCUGAUCAGUCAGAUGCUGCAGGUGAAUGUGGACACCCGCUUCACCGCCGAGGAGGUCCUGGCCCACCCGUGGGUGACGGACGAGGCUCCGCUAGAGUCCAGCACUGAGGACCAGACCAGAGGAGAAGGACCAGACCCCCCACAGCCAGAGUCCCCACAGCCGGACCCCCCACAGCCAGACCCCCCACAGCCGGACCCCCCACAGCCAGAGUCCCCACAGCCAGAGUCCCCACAGCCGGAAACCAAACAAGUUCCCUCACCUCUGGUCUAGAGUCAGGAAACUAGACAAGUUCCCUCACCUCUGGUCCUUAAAAUCGUAGAUGAGUUUCAUCCCUUCGGUGUAGAACGAUCACCUGUUUGGAUCUCCUGAACCACCGUCGGGUCGAGGGUAGGACUGGAAACCAAACUCUUGAAUAUGAACCAGAACUCACUCCUCGUUUCUUCUCCUGGAAACCAAACACGUUCCCUCUUUCUUGGUCUACGGCUGAUCCCCGGACCGUUCGCUGUGAAUCGAACAAGUUCCCUCAAAGCUGGUCUAGGAUCAGUCAUUUUGGAAACCCUCUAGAAGUCCUUCACUUCAGACGAUAUCCGGUUCCUCACCUCCUCUGUGUACAACCCUCUCUAUCAACUGGGAACCAAGUGAGUUCCCUCAUAUGGUUUAGAAUCUGUUCUGGAAGAGGCUCCUCCCCUCCGGUCUAGAACGCGUCAUUUCGGGUCUACGAUGGAAACAAAGGGAGUUCUCUCAUCUCGGGUCUAGAACAUGUUCCUUGACCAAACAAGUAUCUUCUAGAACUGUUUUCAUCUACUAGGAAACAAACAAGUUCCUUCUGAUCAUCUGGUCUAGAGUAUACUCCUUUUACCAAACAAGUAUCCUUGUCCCUGCUCUGGAUCUCCUCUUCUAUCUACUGAAAACAUCUGGAAUACAACUGGAAUAAGUCCUCUCGGUGAAGGUCCGGAGCACAUUGCCCUUUCCCUCUUCUGGAAACCAAACAAGUCGAGUCUAGAGUUGCUUCAACUUGACACCUCAUGAGUUUGCGUCUCCUUAGUCCCUGAGGCAGCUGUGGAGGUGUGUGGGGGGCGUCUGAUUGGCCUCAGCUGCUGACCGACUACCAAUCAGCCAGCAGCUGAGGCCAAUCAGACCUCCAAAGCUGCCACAGUCCCCAUCUACUGGAAACUGGGCAGGACUCCUCACCUCUAGUCUGGGACACUUGGCGCUUGCUCUUCUGAAAACUAAAUCAAGUCCUCCGUCUCCGGUCGAGACCAGCGUCUCUUCUCCUGGAGACUUUCCCGAGCCCCGUCUGUGCUGCCAUCCCGCAAAGUAUUCCCAUCCCCUUUGAUGAGCUCCGUCAGGAGGUGGGGUCCUAGACGCUGACCGAGUCGCCCCACUGCUACUUGAAGGACUCGCACCACGACAACACUGGGACACCAUGAGAGUGAUAUUGGACAGGUACCCCCGUGUCUUUUGGGCCUGGACCUAUUUCCUGGCCUAGAGCCACUUUCGUCGACUGGUUUCAUGAUUUCCUCAGUUGUCCCUGUCGCUGCCGGGAUGUCUUCCAUGUAUUCAGGGAAACGUCCCACUUGUCCUGCCUUUACCCUCCAGAUCUCCUUUACGCCCACCCGGGGGGAUAUCAGAGUACUGUGCCUGUUUACGCUGCUGUUGAAUACCCCUCAACACCCCUUAAUACUCCUCAACACCCCUCACUACUCCUCAACACCCCUCACUACCCCUCAACACCCCUUAAUACUCCUCAACACCCCUUACUACUCAACACCCCU